UUCCGCUUUCUGCUUCUCCAUUUCCUAAUGACAUCAGCAUACAUAGGAAGCGCCAGAGGCUCACUGCUGCCUGGAGACUCCAGCAGAAGGUUCGUCUGUCCCACCACAAAGAGGCCUGGAGCAGGCAGAGUCCUGCAGGGGGGAUGCACAAGAGCAGAUGACAUGGAUGUGGCCUUGCCACCUGCUAUGGAGGAACACGUGAGUCCAGGCCAGUAGAGACUGGGACGCUGGGCAGACCUGGACCUACUGUGCCAGCCCUGCUCAUCCAGCUGACCUGGACAUGGCGCUGCCCGCAUGGCUGCCCCCCGUAGCCCUGCUGGCCCUGUGCUGGGGGCCCAGUGUGGCAGGGGCCCAAGGGACUGUCCCGAUGCAGACCCUGCGCUGCCACAACGACUACACCAGCCACAUCACCUGUAGGUGGGCGGCCACCCAGGAUGCCCAGCGGCUCAUCAAUGUGACCCUCCACCGCAGGCUCAAUGAGGACCCCCCGAAGCCAGUGUCCUGUGACCUCAAUGACAACAUGCCCUUGUCAGACUGCCCUUUUCCCCACUGUGUGCCUAGAAGAUGUAUCAUUCCCUACAAUCUUUUCGUCAUUGCCGACAGCGACUACUUCUCAUUCCAACCAGACAGGCCUCUGGACACCCAGCUCACCGUUAUUCUGACCCAGCAUGUGCAGCCCCCCGCACCCCAGGACCUCCACGUCAGUGCUGCCGGGGACCAAUUCCUGCUGACAUGGAGUGUGGCCCUCGGGGCCUCCCAGAGCCAGUGGCUGUCAAACCUGCAGUUUGAGGUGGUCUACAGGAGGCUUCAGGACUCCUGGGAGGACGCCCUCACCGUCUCCUCCACGUCUCCAAAUGUCACCCUGGGGCGAAAGCAACUCCUGCCCAGCAGCACCUAUGUGGCCCGAGUGCGCACCUGGCUGGUCCCGGGCUCGGGGCUCUCGGGACGGCCCAGCCAGUGGAGCCCAGAGGUUCUCUGGGACUCCCCACCGGGGGACGAGGCCCUGCCCCAGAAUCUCCAGUGCUUAUUCGACGGGGGCACCGUGCUCAGCUGCUCCUGGGAAGUGAGGUCUGAGGUGACCAGCUCGAUCUCCUUCACCCUCUUCUACAAGUCCAGCCCCAACGCUGAAGGGGAGCAAGAAUGUUCCCCAGUGCUGAUGGAGAAGGCGAGUGGCCCUUACGUCCGGCACCGAUGCCAGAUCCCCGUGCACGACCCCUGGAACCACAGCCUGUACGUCGUCUCAGUUCGGCCAAAGGAGGAGGAGAAAUUUAUAAAGAGCUCAGACAACAUCCAGCUGGCUCCCCCGACACUCAACGUGACCAAAGGCAGAGACGGCUACAGCCUGAGCUGGGAGGUACAGGCAAUGCUCUUCUCGCACAUAAAGCACACCUUCGAGGUCCAGUACAAGCAGGACGCAGCCUCAUGGGAGGAGAGCAAGACAGAGUCCCUCGAGAACACACAUAUCAUGUCGUUGCCACCUCUGGAGCCCUCCACCACGUACCAGGCGAGAGUGAGGGUCAGGACCCUCGAUGGCUACAAUGGGAUCUGGAGCGAGUGGAGUGAAGAGUGCUCCUGGGACACUGAGUGGGUGCUGCCCAUGUGGGUCCUGGCGAUCAUCUUGGUGGCCACCACCCUCGCCUUACUCCUGGCCCUCCGCCUCUGUGGCAUGUAUGGGUACAGGCUGAACCGGAAGUGGGAGGAGAAAAUCCCCAACCCCAGUAAGAGCCAACUGUUCCAGAACGGGAGUGCGGGGCUCUGGCUCCCAGACAGCAUGGCGGCCCUCACCAGCAGGAGGCCCUCACACAAGGGACCGUGGGGCAGCGGCUUCCCUGGGCUGGAGGGGGUGUCCCAUGUAGACUACGGGCGUUGCGAGGUGUCCCCUCUCACCACGGAGGACCCGAAAUGUGCCCCUGACUCACCAUCGGAGCCUGACCCAGCACUGGCUGCCUCGGACCUCCCCACGGAGCCGCCCCCCAGCCCCCAGCCCUGCCUAUCAGCUCCGUCAAGCAGGCCUGAGAGCCAGGUUUCUGGCUUCGACUUCAAUGGCCCCUACCUGGGGCCACCCCACAGCCUCUCCCUGCCUGACCUCGUGGGCCAGGAGGCUCCCGCACAGAUGGGCAUGAGUCCGAAGCCGCUGCCUCCAGGGUCCCUAGAGUACAUGUUCCUGCCUGCAGCUGGGCAGGUGCAGCUGGUCCCACUAGCCCAGGUGAUGAAACAAGGCCAGGCUGCCGGUGUGGAGAGGAAGCCCUGCCCAGAGGCUAAGGGCAGCCCUUCCCUGGAGUCAGGGGCAGGCCCUGCCCCUCCUGCUCCUGGGCCGAUGGUGGGUGGUCAGGACCGGGACAGCCUCGUAGCUCUGCCCUCGGCCUCUGGGGGCCCUGAGGACAGCAUCGUGGCAUCUGGUUACGUCACCACUGCAGACCUGGCACUCAUUCCACCCAAAGGGGCAUCGUCUGCUUCUCGGGUUUCCCCUCUGGGCCUCCUCUCAGUCCAGCACCAAAGUAUCAGUGCUGGGCUGGCCUGUGGGCUCCCUGCAGCCCCAGCUCCCAUGAAGCCAGAGUUUCAGGAUUAUGUGGAGCUUCCUCCGUCCAUGGGCAAAUCCCCUAAGUCCCCUCUAGGCAGUCCUGCCCCUCUUGCAGCCAGCAGCCCAGUCCUGAGCCCAACAGAGCCCCAGGGAGAUGUUACCCCGGUCUCCCCACACCCUGAGGGGCUCCUGGUCCUGCAGCAGGUGGGGGAUUAUUGCUUCCUUCCUGGUGUGGGCUCUAGUCCUCUCUCACCCCAGAGUAAGUCUUCUUCUCUGGGACCCUGUCCCGAGAUCAGGGACCUGGACCAGGUGCUCCAGGCCAAGAAGCCCCCAUGCCAGGCUGUUUCCCAGGUGCCAGCCAUUCAGCUCUUUAAAGCCCUAAAGCAGCAGGACUAUCUGUUGCUGCCCCCCUGGGAUGUCAGCAGGCCUGGGGAAGUGUGUUGAGACCCUGUGGACCCUGGGCAAGGCAAGUGAAAGGACAGGAUCUGGCUUCCUUCCUGCCCUGCUCUUCUCCCACCAGCCUCUGGUCCCUUCCACACAUUUCUACAAUGACUCAAGGAAAAUGAGUCAGCCACCUACCGUCUACCAUCUCCUUUGACCUUCAGCAAAAUCAAGCUUCUCUUCUCUCUCUCUCUCUUUCCCCCUCUCCAUCUCCCCCUCCCUCCCUCUUUCUCUGUCUCUCUCUCCCUGCCUCUUUAUCUCACAGACACACCCACACACAUACCCCCUCCACACUUUUCUUUCAAGUUCACAUAUUUUUAGGUUCUGAAUUUUUAGAAUGCUCCGUACGUACUCAUUCCAUUUGCCCUCAAGUUUCUUUUUUACCAGGUUUCCUUGCUUUUGCUAUUGUCUUCUUUUUCUUUUCACUGAUUUUGUAUUAGAGUGAGUUUGAGGUCUGAGCUAAGCCUGUUCUGAGAUGUCAUGUCUCAAUCAGAGCCUAUUCUGAUGCUGACGUGUCUGGUUGUGUUGGAGGACCUGUGUCUGUGACCUGUCCCUAGCAGGAACAACCACAAGAUUCCAGCCCAGGUGCAGGAGGCAGGAGGCACCAGGGAGGGGGCCUUGGGGACUUAAGACUUGGAAAAGUAGUAAAGGACUGGACCUGCUUUUGUCAGGCACUGCAGCCCCAGAGGUGGUGACAAACCACCAGUCUCAAUUGUCACUCUAAGAAACGGGCGUGGUAAGGGUGUGUGCAAGGGAAGAACUGUUGUUCUGAGCUCAGGGGGAGCCCUUCUGAUCUCACCAAGGUUACUGGGGAGUCUCAGGGGGCCUCAGGACCUACACCCAUGGACUGGCCACCUGUGUGCAGUGCUGGUUCCUGGCUGAAGUGAUCUCUUCCUACACCCAGGCUGCUAAAGCUUGGAAAAUUCAAGAGGAGAGGGCAGUCCAGAAUCCAAGUCUACUGUAGAAAGUUUGGAAAGAACUGUUCAAUAAAGGAAAAAAGCAAAAUGAUCAAAGGGCACAUACACCUUAGAGUUUACAGUCCAAAUCGCCUGGCUGCCCUCUCUCCAGAAAGACCUUACAACUCCAGAUGCCACCAGCCACGUAGGAGGGGCUUUUGGUCUAUGUCUAGACCUCAUAUGGGAUUAUGGUUCUUUUACACCUUUGCCUUCCUCCUAUGCAAAAAAGUAGCAUUACAUUGUUUUCGUUUGCAUUAUUUGGUAACUGUCAAGUUUGCACGUAUUUUCAUAUUUUGUGAGCAUUGGUAUUUUUUUUACUGGGCUAAGCCCAUCAAGGACUUUGUUCUGUUGGGUGUUUAUCUUUUUCUGAUGAAGUUUUUAAAACUAUUUAUGUAUGGUCUUUCAUGCAUGGUGCCAAUUUUAUUGUUCUAGUUUGUGGUUUGAUUUUUAAUUUUGUAUAAGAGGUUUGUGGGCGUAUACAAGGCCGACUUUUCUGUGUCGUCAAGAGAUCUCCCGGGGAACGACUUCACAGCCCCACUUUUGGUUCAAAUUUACAAAGGCCUUCCCCACUUCAAAACGGCAUUUGUCCUAAUUUAUUUUUUUUCUAGUUCUUUUUGUGUUUCAAGCUUUUCGUGUAAAAUUUUAAUGAUUUUGGAAUGUACACAUGUGAGAUGAAGAGCUAGCUUCAUGUUUCCCCCCAACGAGCGGCCCAGGUGUUCUUGCAUCGUUUGUAGAAUCGCCUGUUCUUUGUCCAUGUCUCUGAAAUGCCACUUUUAUGAUAUAGAAAGUCCCCGUAUACGCUUAGUCAGUUUCUAGCCUUUCAAUUUUAUUACACUCUUCUCUCAAUGGCGCCCCACUGUUUCGUUGUUCUAGCUUUAUAUGUUUUCGUACAUGGCAGAGCAAAUGUUCUGUUGUUCACAUUCAUUAUGGCAGUGUUUGUGGUCAAAGAAAAUGAUCAACAACUUAAAUAUUCACCAAUAGUGAGAUGAGUAACAACAUUUUCUUACAUUCUAAAGUAGAAGCCUGUGUUAACAAUGAAUGAUGUGGACCUAGAUGUAUCAGAAAGAAGUCCAAGAUUUUAAUUCCAAAAUGUUCAGACGUUGUUAAUGAAAAAAAAAUGCAAUAAAAUAUAUUUUAUUAUGAAA